AUUCACUUGCAGUUUCUAAACCUCUCUACUGAAGCGGUGCAUGACUAUCUAGAGGUGCGCAGCGGGAGUUUGGAGACGGGUUCGGUGAUCGAUAGGUUCAGUGGGUCCGUUGUGCCUGACUCUCUGUUCAGCACCACACAUGAGACCAGCUUCUUGUUCCACAGUGACUACUCUCAGAACAAACCUGGCUUCCACAUCAUCUAUGAGGGUGAGAACAUUGGAAAGGAAAGUUUAAAGUAUUGGACUUUUGGACCCACUUAAGCUCUUAAGUGUGACGCGUGCUGAGUAUACGAAGAGGCAGGACGCAGACGCAGGAAUUAACAAGGUCAAGGUUUACUGAAACAAUGAGAAAGAUAAAUAACAAAGAUGGAGUAAAUGACAGGAAGCUAAACAAUCACACGCAACAUCAUCCAGAAUAGUCCAGGGCUAAAUAGGGGUGGUGAUGAGGUGCAGGUGCGCUGGAGGUGAUUAGGCUGCGUUGGGUUUCCAUUCCUGUGUUUGCCGAGGUGGUGCGCUCAGACCGGUGGCUCAGUAGACCGGCGAAUCAGAGCGCCGGAGGGGAGCAAAGUCAAAAUGGGUUAUAUUGUGAAAAAUUUAUGAAAAGUGUAAAGUUAGGCUUUAGGCAUUAGUGUUAAAAUUAGGGUUAGCACUGUUGUUAAAAUUAGGGUUAAGGUUAGGUUUAAAAUCAGAUUGUAUGACUUUGUGGCUGUGCCAGCUAGUUACCACUCUGCAGAGCUGCCUCCAGAACAAGAUUCAUGACAAAAAAACACUAACCUGCAGGAGCUGAAGCCCAGUUGGAGUUUGGUACCAAGUAGCUUUUAGGAGCUGAACCCCAGUUGGAGUUUGGUAGCAAGUAGCUUUUAGGAGCUGAACCCCAUUUGGAGUUUGGUACCAAGUAGCUUUUAGGAGCUGAACCCCAGUUGGAAUUUGGUACCAAGUAGCUUUUAGGAGCUGAACCCCAGUUGGAGUUUGGUACCAAGUAGCUACCAAGAACUCCUUACCUUCUAACAAAUCUUGUGUGGCUUGUGAGCAAAACAUGCGCUUGUUCCUGAGAGUCUCAGCUUUUCAUAGAUGGGUCAUAAUAGUUUGUAGCUCAAACAGUUGGGACUCUACAGACGUUCUUGUGAGAAGAACCAGAUCCGGGAUCUGCCCUUGUCUCACAAACACCGCUCUACCUCAGCCCCCCAUUAAUCACACAGACGAAUGGUUCAUCUGCAGUUUUGUUUUGCCCUCUAACCGUUCAAAUAAAACACCGUUAACAAACCCUUUGUGUUUUCCUGUUGACCAAUAGCCUAUGAGCUCCAGCGCUGCCCUGACCCGAGGCCGUUCCGUAACGGCGUGGUGAUUGGCAGAGACUUCGGGGUGGGCCUGACCAUCUCGUUUGAGUGCCUGCCAGGUUAUACUCUGAUAGGAGAGGUCUCACUCACCUGCCUGCACGGGGUCAGCAGAAACUGGAACUACCCUGUACCAUCGUGUGAAGGUGACCGGAUUCAUUUAAAUGCAUCACGUCUUUAAUAUCUUCUGGAAGGAUCUUUUUAGAGUAACAUUAAAAUGUGAUGUAGUAGUGUAAAUAUAGGUUCACCAUGCUGUCAUUUAAUGUUCCAUUUAAACAUUUUACCACUUUACAUUUUAUCAUCUUUGAAAUGUAUAUAAUAAUAAUUUGGUUCACACAUGUACAAGUGUGCAUUAAUGGGUCAUGUGUGAAUGGGACAUGUGUUUUUUGCAUAUCCCAACUGUCCCCUCGGAGACUGGGGUCACAGCCGUGGGGUCACGGUCAGAUGUUAGAGUAUCUUUGAAUGUGAAGGUGUAGUGUGGUGUGGUGUUGUCACUCAAUGGGCCUUUAUUCAAUUUGAACGCUGAGAAGGUGUCUGUCUUAGUUUCCUGUUUCAACUCUCUGGUACUGGCAUUAUCAUUAGAUGGAUGUAUUACCAUUUUAGAACUCUUACACUAUAUGGUAUUAUAAUAGUGUUGCUGUUUGUUUAUCAUGUACCACCCUGGCUGUUGUUUUCGCAUGUACCACACUGGCUGGUGUUUCUCAUGUACCAACUGCUAUUGUUUAAUCAUGGUACCCAACACUGGCUGGUGUUUCCAUGGUACACACUUGCUAUUGUUUAUCAUGACCACACUGGCUGGUGUUAUCAAUGGACCACACUGUGUUGUUGUAUCAUUUUACCACACUGGCUGUUGUUUUCAUGUCCACACUGGCUGUUGUUUUCAUGUACCCACUGGUCUGUUGGUCUAUCAUGUCCACACGGCUGUUGUUUAUCAUGUACUCCACACGGCUGUGGUCUAUCUGUACCACACUGGCUGUUUGUUUACAGGUCCACACUGGUCUUUUUGUUUAUCAUGUUACACACUGGCUAUUGUUUAUCAUGUACCACACUGGCUGUUGUUUAUCAUGUACCACACUGGCUGUUGUUUACAUGUACCGACACUGGCUUUGUGUCUCAUGUACCACACUGGCUGUGUCUAAUCAUGUACCCAUCUGCUGUUGUUUAUCAGUAACCCACUGGCUGUUUGUUCUCAUUUACCCACACUGGCUGUUGUUUCUCAGGUACCACACUGGCUGUUGUUUACAUGUACCACACCUGGCUGUUGUUUAUCAUGUACCACACUGGCUAUUGUUUAUUAGCAUCGCGCACUGCUGUUGUUUAUCAUGGUACCCCACACUGGCUGUUGUGGCUCUCAUGUACGCACACUGGCUGUGGUCUAUCAUGUACCACCCUGGCUGUUGUUUAUCAUGUACCACACUGGCUGUGUUCUUCUCAUGUACCAACUGGCUGUUGUUUCUUUCUCAUGUACCACAACGGCUUGUUUUUUAUCAUGUAACCAACACUGGCGUUUGUUUAUCUUACCCACAGCUGGCUGGGUUUAUCAUUUACUCACUGGCUGUUUUUUCUCCAUGUACCACACUGGCUGUUUUUUCUCAUCUCAUGUACCACACGGGCUGUGUUUAUCUGUACCACACUCGCUGUUUGUUUAUCAUGUAACCACUAACUGGCUGUUGUGUCUCAUGUACCACACUGGGCUGUGACUAUCAGUACCACCUGGCUGUUGUUUAUCCAUGUACCACACUGGCUUUUGUUUAUCAUGUACCACACUGGCUGUUUGUUUUCUCAUUUACCACCCUGGCUGGUUGUUUCUCAAUGUACCCACACUGGCUGUUGUUUAUCAUGUACCACACUGCUGUUUGUUUAUCAUGUAACCACACUGGCGGUCUGCUUUAUCAUGACCCACACUGGCUGUUGUUUUCUCAUGUACCACACUGGCUGUUGUUUUUUUUCUCAUGUACCACACUGGCUGGUUGUUUAUCAUGUACCACACUGGCUGUUGGUUUAUCAGUUACCACACUGGCUGUUGUGUCUCAUGUCCCACACUGCUGUGUCCUAUCAGUACCAGACACUGUCUGUUGUUUCUCAUGUACCACACUGGCGUUUUGUUUCUCAUUACCCACAACCGGGCUUUUGGUUUUAUCAUGUCCCCCACUGGCUGUUGUUUCCUCAUGUACCACACUGCCUGUUUUUUAUCAUGGUACCCCUGGCUGUUUUGUUUAUCAUUUACCACACUGGCUGUUGUUUCUCAUGUCCCGGACCUGGCUUUGUUCUUCAUUUACCCCACUGGCGUUGGUUUAUAAGUCCCUACACUGGCUGGUUGUUUAUCAUGUACCACACUGGCUGUUGUUUCUCAUGUACCAACUGGCUGUUGUUUUAAUGUUACCAACACUGGCUGUUGGUUUAUCAUGUACCACAACUGGCUUUUGUUUAUCAUUACCACCACAACACGGCCUGUUGUUUAAUCGUACCACACUGGCUGUUGUUUAUCAUGUACCACAGCUGCCUGUUGUUUAUCAUGUACCACAACUGGCUGUUUUGUUUAUCAUGUACCACACUGGUGUUCUUUCUCAUGUACCACACUGGCGGUUGUUUCUCAUGUACCACACUGCUGUUCUUUCUCAUGACGCACACUGGCUGUUGUUUCUCAUGUACCACACUGCUGUUUUGUUUAUCAUUACACACUGGCUGUUGUUUUUCUCGUACACACUGUCUGUUUUUUAUCAUGUACCACACUGGUGUUGUGUCUCAUGUACUCACAAACGGCUGUGGUCCUAUCAUGUACCACACUGGCUGUUGUUUAUUCAUUUACCACACUGGCUGUUGUUUCUCAUGUACCACACUGGCUUGUUUGUUUCUCAUGUACCACACUGGCUGUUGUUUAUCAGUAACCACACUGUCUUUUGUUUAUCAUGUACCACACUGUCUUAUUGUUUAUCAUGUACCACACUGGCUGUUGUUUUAUCAUGUACCACCACUGGCUGUUGUGUCUCAUGACCACACUGCUGUUGGUCUAUCAUGUACCACACUGGCUGUGUUUUAUCAUGUACCACAGCUCUGGCUGUUGUUUUCUCUGUCCACACUGGCUGUUGUUUUCUCAUGUACCACACUGGCUGUUGUUAUAUCAUGUACCCCCUGGCUGUUUUUUAUCAUGUACCCACCACACUGGCUGGUGUUUUAUCAUGUACCACACCUGGCUGUUUUUCUCAGUACCACACUUGCCUGUUGUUUUCUCAUGUUACCUACCCACGCUGGCUGUUGUUUUAUCAUGUAUUUACCACACGGCUUUUUUUUAUCUGUAAAACCCCACUGGCUGUUGUGUCUCAUGUUAAAACCCCACUGGUUGGUCUUCCUGUACGCCACUGGCUGUGUUUAUCAUGUACCACACUGGCUGUUGUUUAUCAUGUACCCACUGCUUGUUGUUUCUCAUGGUACCACACUGGCUGUUGUUUCUCAUGUACCACACUGGCUGUUGUUUCGCAGGGACCACACUGGCUGUUGUGUUCAUGUACCACACUGGCUGGGGUUGAUCAUGGUUCCCACACUGGCUGUUUUGCUCAUGUACCCAUGGCUGUUGUUUUCUCAUGUACCACACGGGCUGUUUUUUUCAUGUACCACACUGGCUUGUUGUUUAUCAGUACCACACGCUGUUGUGUCUCAGGACCACACGUCUGUGGUCUAUCAUGUACCAUACUACCCACACUGGCUGGUUUUUCCAUGUACCACACUGCCUUGUUUCUCAUGUACCACACUGCUGUGUUUUAUCAUGUACCUCACUGGCUGUUGUUUCUCAUGUCCAAACUGUCCUGUUGUUUAUCAUGUACCACACCUGCUGUUGUUUAUCAUUUACCACACUGGCUGUUGUUUUUCUCAUGUACCACAACUCUGUGGUCUAUCAUGUCCCACACUGGCUGUUGUUUUAUCAUGUACCACCACACUGGCUGUUUGUUUAUCAUGUAACACACUACUGGCUGUUGUUGUCUCUGCACCACACUGGCCUGUUGUUCAUUAAUGUACCACACUUGUCUUUUGUUUACUCAUGUACUGCACACCUGCUGUUGUUUAUCAUGUACCACCAUGGCUGUUGUUUAUCAUGUACCUACCGCACACUGGCUUUUGUUUUAGCAUGUACCACACUGGCUUUUGUUUAUCAUGUACCACAACUGCCUGUUGUUUAUCAUGUACACACUGGCUGUUGUUUUAUCAUGUACCACACUGGCUGUUCUUUCGCAUUUACCCCACGGGCUUUUGUUUCUCAUGUACCACACUGGCUGUUCUUUCUUCUCAUGUACCACACUGCUGUUUUUGCUUUUCUCUGUACCACACUGGCCUGUUGUUAUCAUGUACCACACUGGCUGUUGUUUUAUCAUGUACUCACACUGGCUGUUGUUUACAUUUACCACACUGGCCUUUGUUGUUUCUGUCUCAUGUCCCACACUGGCUGUGUCCUAUCAUGUACCAUACACUGGCUGUUGUUUAUCAUUACACCCUGGCUGUUGUUUCUCAUGUACCACACUGGCUGUUGUUUCUCAUGUACCACACUGGCUGUUGUUUCUCAUGUACCACACUGGCUGUUGUUUAUCAUGUACCACACUGGCUGUUGUUUAUCAUGUACCACACUGGCUGUUGUUUAUCAUGUACCACACUGGCUGUUGUUUAUCAUGUACCACACUGGCUGUUGUUUAUCAUGUACCACACUGGCUGGUGUUUAUCAUGUACCACACUGGCUGGUGUUUAUCAUGUAACUGAUCCAGCCUCAACCUUUAGAGGGUGUAGUGUCUGUAAUGGAUAUCCAGACUUUAUUCAGUUUAAACUUGAACGCUUGGUUUGACUCCUCUAAGUUCAAAGACAGAUUUUAUAGGCUCAUUGAGUGGUUAUGACGGGGAGUUUUAGUGCCUGAAUCAUAGCAUGGGGCUCUGGUCGAAAGUAGUGGACUAUAUAGGGAAUAGGGUGCCAUUUCAGAUGCAGCCAAGGUAACUGACGUCAGUAACAAGGAUAGUGAAUCACAUCUCCUGGGGUUUACCCCUACAGAAUACACACAUCUAUGAACAAUAACAAAAUCAUGUUUGGUUAUAGUUGGUUUACUUACAGUUAGCCACUAGAGUAAGUUUUAUCACCUAGUGUAUAUCAGGGGACCGGCUGACGGUUUCAUUCUGUUCUCUCCUUCUAUCUUUCAUUCUGUUCUCUCCUAUCUUUCAUUCUGUUCUCUCCUUCUGUCUUUCAUUCUGUUCUCUCCUUCUAUCUUUCAUUCUGUUCUCUCCUAUCUUUCAUUCUGUUCUCUCCUUCUAUCUUUCAUUCUGUUCUCCUCCUAUCUUUCAUUCUGUUCUCUCCUUCUGUCUUUCAUUCUGUUCUCUCCUUCUAUCUUUCAUUCUGUUCUCUCCUAUCUUUCAUUCUGUUCUCUCCUUCUAUCUUUCAUUCUGUUCUCUCCUAUCUUUCAUUCUGUUCUUUCCUUCUAUCUUUCUUCUUUCUUCAUUCUGUUUCUCAUUCUGUUCUCUCCUAUCUUCAUUCUUUUUUCUCCUCCUUCGGUCUUUCUUCUGUUCUCGUUCCUUCUAUCUUUCAUUCUGUUCCUCUCCUUCUAAUCGUUCAUUCUGUUCACCCUCCCUAUCUUUCAUUCUGUUUCUCUACUUCUAUCUUUCAAUUCCUCCCUCCCUCCCCCCUCCCCCCCCCCCCCCCUCAACUCCCACCGUCCCUCCCCUCCCUCCAGCCCAGUGUGGUGGUAAUAUCACAUCUCUGAAUGGGACCAUCUAUUCUCCCAGCCACCCAGCAGAGUACCCAAACUUCCAGGACUGCCUGUGGAGUGUACGGGUCCCCCCAGGGAACGGUAUCUACAUCAACUUCACCGUUCUCAACACUGAACCCAUCUACGAUUACAUCACUGUCUGGUAAGUAGUGGACUUCAUAACAGUAGUAUUGUCUGCGUCCCAAAAUGGCACCCUAUUCCCUAUAUAGUGCACUACUUUUGACCAAUGCCCUAUGGGUAUAGGGUGUCAAUAGGGUGUAAUUUGGGACGUGUUGCCGAACAGCGUAUGUGUUGCUGAAUAUAUAAUUCCCCCCCUUAAUAUCCUCAGUAGUGAUGCGCGGGUUGACUCAUAACCCACAGUCCCCACGGUUAAGGGCGGGUGGGUUUAGGGUCAUUCAUUAUUGGGUGGAUGAAUGGUGGGUGGGUGGCGGGUUGAAUGAAGAGAAAACAAUACCUUAAAAAAAAUCCAUAAAUGUAUCAUUCAUGUGCAAUUUCUAUCUGUAGGCUACAUUGAGGUUUUUCUUUCAUUAUUUGAGGAUAUCUGGCAUUUAAUUAGUGCAUUAGCCUGAGCUUUAAGACCUAACUGAACGCGCACCAAAUGCUUUUGGGAACGGGGCGGAAAACAUUUACGGCGGAUCCACGGAGGCAAAAAGGACAAUGUGGGAGUUUAAUUGAAUAAGAGAAAAGCUGUGAGGUGGAGAGUUGAAGAUAAAGCGUAGGGAGGACAGAACAGUGGUGUUUGGGGAAAGAUUUGGUGAAGUGGUAAAACAGGAUGAUAGCAGUGCCAGCUGUGUGAUGUGUGAUGAUUGUGAGGCUCUGUACAAAUUCGACAGUCACAAGACAAGGGAACUUCAAAUAGGCCUAUGGCACGUCAAGGGAACCGUAGCCUACUGUUCAGAUGGGUUAAAUGGAAACUGAAAUCUGGAGACUGACUGUAGGUCGAUAACCUCUCACAUAGCCUUAAUAUUAAUUGCUGCAGAAUGAAGCAUUUCUUGGAAGUAAAAUGAGGUUAUAGUUUUGACUCGAGAACAGGAGUGGAGAAAUAUGAUUUCUUUCAGCAUCUUGACAGAAUGCGAAUUCACAGUCAGAUACCGUCUGUGGAGGUGCUGUCUUUAUCAGCAUCAUAAAAGCUGAUAGUAUUUCAACCACAUAAAAGCCGAACUGAAACCUUAUCAGAAACAUGUUAGGUUCCGGUGAUCAAGGGUUUAUUUAGUCUCCUAAAGGGCAACAUAUAAUGACAGAAGAGGAGCUGAUUGUAUCUAACUAUAGACAAGUUGACUAACAAAUAGACUUGAUAAGAAACGAUAAGCAGAAACAUAUAUAAUCAGUCAUCCUGUCAAAACAUCCUUCCUGUCUCUGACUGUAGCCUAUGGUGUAUCUUCUAUAUUAGCGGGCUAUGGUCGGGAGCGGGCCUCAGAGUUUCACUUUAUCAGAUAUAUAGUCAGCCGGUUGAGGAUUAGUUAUUAGCAAUUGCGGACGGGGGCGGGUGAACAAACACUAAUCCUCAGGGUAUGCUGGGAAAAAAUAUUUGUCAGCAGCGGUAAGGAAACAGACCGUAAAACAUUUGAUACAGAGACAGAAGGAAACAGAUCUUAAAACAUUUAAUACAGAGACAGAAGGAAACAGACCUUAAAACAUUUGAUACAGAGACAGAAGGAAACAGACCUUAAAAACAUUUGAUACAGAGACAGAAGGAAACAGACCUUAAAAACAUUUGAUACAGAGACAGAAGGAAACAGACCUUAAAACAUUUGAUACAGAGACAGAAGGAAACAGACCGUAAAACAUUUGAUACAGAGACAGAAGGAAACAGACCUUAAAACAUUUGAUACAGAGACAGAAGGAAACAGACCGUAAAACAUUUGAUACAGAGACAGAAGGAAACAGACCUUAAAACAUUUGAUACAGAGACAGAAGGAAACAGACCUUAAAACAUUUGAUACAGAGACAGAAGGAAACAGACCUUAAAAACAUUUGAUACAGAGACAGAAGGAAACAGACCUUAAUGUGUUCUCUGCUCUCCUCUCCCUACUCCCACGCGCUGAACACACAAUGUAUUUCUGUGUAAAGGACACUGGGGCCAAGUAACAAGUACUAUAUGGCGGUAAAGGCAGUAUUUCCAGCUGGGGAAAAAAACAGAUAUAGCUACUCUAACAACAUUUGACCAAGCAGUUAUCCAUCAAUUACAUCAGUUUUCCAGAGAUAUUGUAGGGCUACACUUGCUAGCGCUAACUGCAUUUGUACGUGUUUUUAAAAAAGCAAAGCAUUACCAUAUCAUUUUUAGAAUCAUCAGCAAAAUGGAAGGGGAAUGGAAUGUAGAAUGUGGAAUGUAUCAAGGGAUGUGUUGUUUAUGCUCCGUUUGAUUCCGGAACAGAACAGUAGAACAGUAGAACAGGAGAACAGCUCAGCAGCACCAUAAGGCAGUAGCACCGCCACCACAUGACAGCCGGGGGGAACCAACCCCAGGACUUUCUCUCUCUCUACACUCCCACGGGGAACACUUUGAGCUCUGCCUCGGGCUUAUAGUCAGAACAAGGCAUCUGCAAGAGGCGUCCACUUUAGAAAAACACUUCUGUUGGACUCAGUAGACAUGCCAAAAACAUUUCUGUUAGGCUCAAUAGACAUGAAUAGGGUUCCAUUUGGGAUGCAGCCUCAGUCAGGAAAACAGAUGUACAGUGGGGAGAACAAGUAUUUGAUACACUGCCGAUUUUGCAGGUUUUCCUACUUACAAAGCAUGUAGAGGUCUGUAAUUUUUAUCAUAGGUACACUUCAACUGUGAGAGACGGAAUCUAAAACAAAAAUCCAGAAAAUCACAUUGUAUGAUUUUUUAAGUAAUUAAUUUGCAUUUUAUUGCAUGACAUAAGUAUUUGAUACAUCAGAAAAGCAGAACUUAAUAUUUGGUACAGAAACCUUUGUUUGCAAUUACAGAGAUCAUACGUUUCCUGUAGGUCUUGACCAGGUUUGCACACACUGCAGCAGGGAUUUUGGCCCACUCCUCCAUACAGACCUUCUCCAGAUCCUUCAAGUUUCGUGGCUGUCGCUGGGCAAUAUGGACUUUCAGCUCCCUCCAAAGAUUUUCUAUUGGGUUCAGGUCUGGAGACUGGCUACGCCACUCCAGGACCUUGAGAUGCUUCUUACGGAGCCACUCCUUAGUUGCCCUGGCUGUGUGUUUUGGGUCGUUGUCAUGCUGGAAGACCCAGCCACAACCCAUCUUCAAUGCUCUUACUGAGGGAAAGAGGUUGUUGGCCAAGAUCUCGCGAUACAUGGCCCCAUCCAUCCUCCCCUCAAUACGGUGCAGUCGUCCUGUCCCCUUUGCAGAAAAGCAUCCCCAAAGAAUGAUGUUUCCACCUCCAUGCUUCACGGUUGGGAUGGUGUUCUUGGGGUUGUACUCAUCCUUCUUCUUCCUCCAAACAAGGCGAGUGGAGUCUAGACCAAAAAGCUCUAUUUUUGUCUCAUCAGACCACAUGACCUUCUCCCAUUCCUCCUCUGGAUCAUCCAGAUGGUCAUUGACAAACUUCAGACGGGCCUGGACAUGCGCUGGCUUGAGCAGGGGGACCUUGCGUGCGCUGCAGGAUUUUAAUCCAUGACGGCGUAGUGUGUUACUAAUGGUUUUCUUUGAGACUGUGGUCCCAGCUCUCUUCAGGUCAUUGACCAGGUCCUGCCGUGUAGUUCUGGGCUGAUCCCUCACCUUCCUCAUGAUCAUUGAUGCCCCACGAGGUGAGAUCUUGCAUGGAGCCCCAGACCGAGAGUGAUUGACCGUCAUCUUGAACUUCUUCCAUUUUCUAAUAAUUGCGCCAACAGUUGUUGCCUUCUCACCAAGCUGCUUGCCUAUUGUCCUGUAGCCCAUCCCAGCCUUGUGCAGGUCUACAAUUUUAUCCCUGAUGUCCUUACACAGCUCUCUGGUCUUGGCCAUUGUGGAGCGGUUGGAGUCUGUUUGAUUGAGUGUGUGGACAGGUGUCUUUUAUACAGGUAACGAGUUCAAACAGGUGCAGUUAAUACAGGUAAUGAGUGGAGAACAGGAGGGCUUCUUAAAGAAAAACUAACAGGUCUGUGAGAGCCAGAAUUCUUACUGGUUGGUAGGUGAUCAAAUACUUAUGUCAAAUAAAAUGCAAAUUAAUUACUUAAAAAUCAUACAAAGUGAUUUUCUGGAUUUUUGUUUUAGAUUCCGUCUCUCACAGUUGAAGUGUACCUAUGACAAAAAUUACAGACCUCUACAUGCUUUGUAAGUAGGAAAACCUGCAAAAUUGGCAGUGUAUCAAAUACUUGUUCUCCCCACUGUAUCUCUGCACUCAUGAUGCUGGCAUUAGUGGAAAUGUGUUUUCUCUGUAUAGCAGAGCAGACUACAGCGGCUGAAGUCUUCAGCGAUCGGUUCACACGUAAUGAUAGACCUAUUAAGGAGCGGUCCGGAGGGAAAUUGCUUAUCAUUGAAAAUCAUUAGUACUGGCUGUGGCUGUUGUUGACCUUUAUUUAGCUGCGCUUUUCGUAAACACAAACUUCUCCUCAGGUUCUCUGGAUAUGCUGGCUGAGUUGAGCUCCCCAAAUAUCUGUAGCUAGUGCAUCACCUAGCUAGCUAGGACCCUGGAAGACCCAGGUCACUCAUAGAACAGCAGAAAGCUUUGUAGCUUUCGUGUGCACUUAACUAGCCACGACCCUCGAUGACCCCAAACCCAGACCACUCUGGGUCACAACAGUGAAGUGCUUAUUUUUGGGUGGAUUUUUUGUUCAGAUUGAUGGUCAAACGGUCAAAGAUUGAACAGUUGUUAUUCUCACCUUGCUGAUUGGCUGGAUGGUCAUUAUCCAGAGAAAUAGAGUGCUACGUUAGCUACCAGGCUAAAAGGAAAACUAAGGCUGCAUCCAAAAUAGUGCAAUAUGAAUAUAGGGUGCCAUUUGGGAUGCUACCUAACUCACACUCACCCCUGGUUGUUGCUCAUCGCUAGAGGGCCACAGAACUAGGACCACUCUCAGAACAAGAAAGUUCUUCAUUUGGCAAAUUUUGUCCACUUCUCGCUCAGAAGAUUUACUUUGUCCAGACUAAUUACUCUCUCUCUCUGCUGUGGGACCAGGCUGUACAUAUUAAUUACUUUCUCUCUGCUGUGGGACCAGAAUGUACAGAUUCAUUACUCUCUCUCUGCUGUGGGACCAGGCUGUACAGACUAAUUACUCUCUCUCUGCUGUGGGACCAGGCUGUACAGACUAAUUACUCUCUCUCUGCUGUGGGACCAGGCUGUCCAGAUUAAUUACUCUCUCUCUGCUGUGGGACCAGGCUGUCCAGACUAAUUACUCUCUCUCUGCUGUGGGACCAGGCUGUCCAGACUAAUUACUCUCUCUCUGCUGUGGGACCAGGCUGUACAGACUAAUUACUCUCUCUCUGCUGUGGGACCAGGCUGUCCAGAUUAAUUACUCUCUCUCUGCUGUGGGACCAGGCUGUCUAGAUUAAUUACUAUCUCUCUGCUGUGGGACCAGGCUGUACAGACUAAUUACUCUCUCUCUGCUGUGGGACCAGGCUGUACAGACUAAUUACUCUCUCUCUGCUGUGGGACCAGGCUGUACAGACUAAUUACUCUCUCUCUGCUGUGGGACCAGGCUGUCCAGACUAAUUACUCUCUCUCUGCUGUGGGACCAGGCUGUCCAGACUAAUUACUCUCUCUCUGCUGUGGGACCAGGCUGUCCAGAUUAAUUACUCUCUCUCUGCUGUGGGACCAGGCUGUCCAGAUUAAUUACUAUCUCUCUGCUGUGGGACCAGGCUGUACAGACUAAUUACUAUCUCUCUGCUGUGGGACCAGGCUGUACAGACUAAUUACUCUCUCUCUGCUGUGGGACCAGGCUGUCCAGACUAAUUACUCUCUCUCUGCUGUGGGACCAGGCUGUACAGACUAAUUACUCUCUCUCUGCUGUGGGACCAGGCUGUACAGACUAAUUACUCUCUCUCUGCUGUGGGACCAGGCUGUCCAGAUUAAUUACUCUCUCUCUGCUGUGGGACCAGGCUUUACAGACUAAUUACUCUCUCUCUGCUGUGGGACCAGGCUGUACAGACUAAUUACUCUCUCUCUGCUGUGGGACCAGGCUGUACAGACUAAUUACUCUCUCUCUGCGGUGUGACCAGGCUGUCCAGACUAAUUACUCUCUCUCUGCUGUGGGACCAGGCUGUCCAGACUAAUUACUAUCUCUCUGCUGUGGGACCAGGCUGUACAGACUAAUUACUCUCUCUCUGCUGUGGGACCAGGCUGUCCAGACUAAUUACUCUCUCUCUGCUGUGGGACCAGGCUGUACAGAUUAAUUACUCUCUCUCUGCUGUGGGACCAGGCUGUCCAGACUAAUUACUCUCUCUCUGCUGUGGGACCAGGCUGUACAGACUAAUUACUCUCUCUCUGCUGUGGGACCAGGCUGUCCAGACUAAUUACUCUCUCUCUGCUGUGUGACCAGGCUGUCCAGAUUAAUUACUCUCUCUCUGCUGUGGGACCAGGCUGUACAGACUAAUUACUCUCUCUCUGCUGUGGGACCAGGCUGUCCAGACUAAUUACUCUCUCUCUGCUGUGUGACCAGGCUGUCCAGACUAAUUAACUGCAAAGCUUUGGGGAAACUAACUCACCCCUGAUUGGUUGUCGUCUCUCCCUACAGGGACGGCCCUGACCAAGGCUCUCCUCAGAUUGGUCAGUUCAGUGGGAACACGCCCCAGAAAGCAGUCUAUACCACAGCCAAUCAUGUCCUCAUCAAGUUCCACAGUGAUUUCAGCACCAGCGGGUUCUUUGUACUUACCUACCAUGGUGAGUAGUGCCCUUUUUAAAGUUUCUACUUAGUUACCAUGGUGAGUAGUGCCCUUUUUAAAGUUUCAACUUAGUUACUAUGGUGAGUAGUGCCCUUUUUAAAGUGUCUACUUAGUUACCAUGGUCAGUAGUGCCCUUUUAAAGUUUCUACUUAGUUACCAUGGGGAGUAGUGCCCUUUUUAAAGUUUCUACUUAGUUACCAUGGUCAGUAGUGCCCUUUUUAAAGUUUCUACUUAGUUGCCAUGGGGAGUAGUGCCCUUUUAAAGUUUCUACUUAGUUGCCAUGGUGUUCCCUGUUAAAGAGAGUGCUUCAGCUGUAAUGACUCUGAUUAAAAUGGACCCAUAGAUUAAACAGAACCCUAGACUGGACAUUGGUAAUAUAAUGAAUUUACACAUUUUAUGAACUUAUAGCGUUUAGUAUCUUACAGCCUUUAUGAAUGUACGGCCUUUAUGAACAACCCAGAGGGAUCUAAGGCUCUAUCUCAAUUAGUCUUUCCUUGAUUCCUCUCCUCGCCUCCUUCUCAACCAUAAUGGAAGGUCCAAGGUCCCUCCCCUCAGACCUUCUUCUCUGCGUUUUGAGAAGGCGGUAAGGAGGAGAGCGGUUGCAAGGACUAGAAGAAAGACGAAUUACAUGCUGUAGGAAUACAUGGGUCCAGAUGAGUCUAAUGUUUUGUUUUCUAUUGCUGUUAUCAGCACCUUUAUCAGCUUGUUGUAUUAGUCAACCUCCAAGCUGCUUUCUAACAUCUUGUUGUUCUUAAUAACAUGAUUUCUAAUGAUAUAAACCAGAAUAUCAACACUCAUCUACUAACAUUUUCAUUCAAAACUUUCAUUUGUUCAUUCUUACCACAGUUUGUAUUAUCAUUACUUUUUGAUGAUCGUGGUGGAGGUUCAUAAUCUUGAUAGCUGACUAUUUAUAGCUUUUCAGCCUUAUAAGUUUGAUGAGCUGACAGGAUGAAGGGGGUGUGAUUACAGUUUGAUGAGCUGACAGGAUGAAGGGGGUGUCGUGAAGUGACUUUAACAUUAAUCUGAAGGCUGUUAUUAUCUAACCAACUAACUAUGUUUAAUUGUUACCCGAUUAUAUUAAUCAUGUAACAACUAACUCAUUUGGAUCUGGGACACAACAAGAGUGGUUCUUUAAAGAGUCACCAUCUUCUGAAUUAAACUCUAAAAGGUCUUUACCGAUCACAUCUAUAAACAGUCAACGUAUUAAUCAUAACCUCGCAUCAGAUCAUCAUACUGAACAGUCGUAACCUCCUUCAUCUGCAAAAACCUGAGCCUUACUUAUGAUUCAGUACUACACAAAUUGGUUUAAGGAUUUAUUUACUAGCUAAUUAAAUGGGAACACAGGAUAAACAUACACACUCCGCACCGGUUAUUGACUGGAGAAAACAGGUCCCUAUGACAACAACAUGGCUGCUUGUUAAACAGAAGAGAUGGAGAGGAAGAAAGAGAGGGACAGAGACACUUAACCUUGAUACAUUCAGAAACUACUCUCACCUACAGUAAUUACAUACUUGGCACACGAACCGCCGCCCGCUUUGAGUAAGAAAUCAUGAAUGUAUUUACGUGAAAUGCCUGGUUCGCCGUGUAUCUCUCUCGGUGGACAGGACCGCCCUGGAAAGUGUCAGGGUAUCUGAUGCCGAUGUGGUGCGAAAUCAAGUGCAGGACACAGGAGCUAAGUCAAACCAGUCUUUACUUGAAAAGACAAAAUACCAAACGGGUCUAACCAACCCGGAGGCGAACAAUACGCAACAGUGCGUAAAACACAAAACCGACUGCGCACGAAAACAACAGUGCGACGGUAAACACUAGCGACUGGCAAAAAGUGAACAGCACCAACAGACAGGUGAAACCAAUUACACACAACACAUGACUAACAAAUGGAACACUUAUAGGGUACAUAAUCAACACUAAACACGAACAGGUGUACCAAACAGACCAAACCAAACAAACAUCGAAAACAAAGAACGGUGGCAGCUAGUACUCCGGAGACGACGACCGCCGAAGCCUGCCCGAACAAGGAGGAGGAGCAGCCUCGGCCGAAACCGUGACAGAAAGGGAGUUGGGCCUUCGCCCUGGAAAGGGAGUUGGGCCUUCGCCCUGGAAAGGGAGUUGGGCCUUCGCCCUGGAAAGGGAGUUGGGCCUUCGCCCUGGAAAGGGAGUUGGGCCUUCGCCCUGGAAAGGGAGUUGGGCAUUCGCCCUGGAAAGGGAGUUGGGCCUUCUCGCAGCGCGCUCGUAAGGCUCUGAUUGUCCAAGGAAGGUUCCAACAAGUCUUCUACUGUGGUUUACUUCUUCGUAGUUGUCCGGUUUCCGAUGACUUGUCGUGUAGUCCUGAACCGAACUACAGAGUUGAUUUUGCUUCCAUUCGCUCUUGAAGAUGCUUCUUUGAAGAUAGGCCGUAUCGAUGGUUCCCCAGUGGGGUGUUGAGGGUAGCGUAAUACGGUGGUUUGAGCAGAGUAACAGAGGUUGGUCCUACUUAAAUUUGCUUUAGAAGAUACCUUACUUAGGACAGCUAAUCAGCCGUACCAGUGAUUGUCCGGGAGGUGAGUGUUUCUUCUCCAUGUUCAAACCACUUUAACACGUGCAGCUGCAGCUUUACGUCUUUCUGGUCUGAUAUGUUCAUUUCUUUACCCAUCUUUUAUACACUUUGCUCGAAAGGGGGCGGUUCCGUCAGGCUGACACGCUUUCUGACCUCACUUUGGGCGGUGACUACUAACUGUGCCAAGUUAUGAAAAACAAUUAUCUCAUACAACUUCUCAAAUCACAUCCCUCUCUUAACAAAAACCACAUUCAUCAUUUUUCAUGUUAUAUGCACAACGCAUAGGAUGGACACUUCCUACAUGUAGUGGGUAUACUUUCCAAGUUACAGUAUUUCCUUUAUAAAAAAAUUUAUGACAUCACAAAAUAACAAACCAAAUGACAUUAGUGUUCUAUAGAUCGCCUCCGACCGUUCCCCACGUUCUACUUUAGAAAUAUAAUAUUGUUCCAGUAUUCGCUUUUGAACGUGUUAGAGUUUCAGAAGGGAAAAAGUCUGUUGAAACAAAGACAUUCCUUGGGUGGAUCUUGAGAGGGAGAUCCUGGCCUUCUUUGUUGAUUUACAACAGGGUGUGAGCUGUUAACCCUCACUCUACGGGUGAAAGGGGGUCUGAUUUUGAAAUUAUUCACUUCCAAACCUGAUCUGACGUAUUUGGAUUCUCGUGGACAGUCACGACAGGGGUGUGAUUACAGAGAACAGCCAAACACUUGUGUUGAUAUGUAAGUUAAUGUUUACCGUUUACCUUCUGUUGUUGUUGUUGUUGUUGUUGUUGUUUAUCUCCCUUCACAGCAUACCAACUGAGAGUGUGUCAGUCUCCUCCAGCUGUUGCCAACGCGGAGAUCCUCACAGACCAUGACGAGUUUGAAAUAGGUCUGUCACAUUUAUACACAUAUUCAUUUGGUUGUUUGGUUGGUGGGUUGGCUGGUUAUUUCUAUAUUCAUUCAUUUAUUUAUAUCAUACGUUGCUUCUGUUUUCAUUUAAUUAAAUACACGUGUACGAUUACAGUGCCUUGCAAAAAAUAUUCAGACCCGUUUGGAUUUGUUCACAUUUGAUUGUGUUACAAAGUGGCAUUAAAAUGGAUUGUCAUUUUUUUGUCAUCAAUCUACACAAAAUACUCUGUUCAAAUUUUUUUUUAAGGUAAAUGAAAAAUCCCUAACUUAAAUAUAGUCGUUGUAUAGGUAUUCAGCCCCAUUUGUUUAGACAAGCCUAAAUUAGUUCAGGAGCAAAAUGUGACUUAACAAAUCACGUAAUAAGUUACAUGGACUCACUCUUUGUGAAAUAAUAGAGGUUGACAGGAUUUUUGAAUGACUACCCCUUCCUCUGUCCCCCAUACAACAUCUGUAAGGUCCUUCAAUCAAGUAUUGAAUUUCAAGCACAGAUUCAACUACAAAGACCAGGGAACUUUUCAAAAGCCUCAUAAAGAAGGGCAGUGAUUGGUAGAUGGGUAACAAUAACAUAUAUUCCAAAACAAAAAAAACUUAAUUAAGUAAUACUGCAACAAACAAAAAAAACACAGCAAAGGAAUAUAUUUUUUGGGGCGUAAAUGCAAAUCCGACACAACACAUCACUGAGUAACUCCCUCCUUAUUUUCAAGAAUGGUGGUGGCUGCAUCAUGUUAUGGGUAUGCUUGUCAUCGGCAAAUACUGGGGAGUUUUUCAGGAUAAAAAUAAAAAUGGAUGGAGCUAAUCACGGGAAAGAUCCUAGAGGAAACCCCUGCUUCAGUCUGCUUUACACCACAGACUGGGAGAGGAAUUCAGCUUUCUUUCAGCAGGACAAUAACCUGCAACACAAGGUCAAAGCUACACUGGAGUUCAUUAAGACAGUGAAUGUUUCUGAGUGGCCAAGUUACAGUUUUUUUAAUCUGUUUGUAAAUCUAUGGCAAGACUUGACAAUUGCUCUAUAGCCAUGAUCCCCUACAUCUUGACAGAGCUUGAAGAAUUUUGAAAACAAUAAUGGUCAAAUGUUGUACAGUCCGGGUGGGAAAAGCUCUUAUAGACUUACCCAGGAAGACUCACAGCUGUAAUCCAUGCCAAAGGUGUUUCUAACAUGUAUUGACACAGGGAGCUUAAUAUUUAUGCAACGACUAUAUUUUAUUUAUUUUAUUUGUAUUAAUCUUAAAACAUUUUUUUUGAAUUGUUCUUCCGCUUUGAAAUGACAAUAGUAUUUUGUGUAGAUUGUUGACAAAAAAAAAGACAAUUAAAUCAAUGUUAAUCCCACUUUGUAACACAAUAAUAUGUGAAGGUGUCCAAGGGCUCUGAAUACCUUUUGCAAGGCACUGUAUCUUCCAAGUGAUUAACUUACACCGAGAUAAGAUCACAUGGUUGUUUCAAAGGUAAUCCAUCUCUUCAUCAGAGUGUCCAUCUUGCUAAUACCUUGACAAUUACGGUACUCUCUUCAGAUUUGGGUUCACAUAGUAUUUGAUUUUUUUCCAAUAAUUUAGCUGUGCUUGGGUUGAGCUGGCCUGGCACCUGAUUAUAUCAAGCCAGGUCUGAUAGUGUUCAGUGACGUCUAUGCCUCCUAUCUGAAAGGCUGUGUGUGUGUGUGUGUGUGUGUGUGUGUGUGUGUGUGUGUGUGUGUGUGUGUGUGUGUGUGUGUGUGUUGGCGUGUGUUGGUGUGUGUGCGUGUGUGUGUGUGUGCGUGGGUGUGUGUGUGCGUGGGUGUGUGUGUGCGUGGGUGUGUGUGUGUGUGUGUGUGUGCGUGGGUGUGUGUGUGUGCAUGGGUGUGUGUGUGUUGGUGUGUGUGUGUGUGUGCGUGUGUGUGUGGGUGUGUGUGUGUGUGUUGGUGUGUGUGUGUGUGUUGGUGUGUGUGUGUGCGUGCGUGUGUGUGCGUGUGUGUGUGCGUGGGUGGGUGGGUGUGUGUGUGUGUGCGUGUGUGUGCGUGGGUGUGUGUGUGUGUGCGUGUGUGUGCGUGGGUGUGUGUGUGUGUGCGUGCGUGCGUGUGUGUGUGUGUGUGUGUGUGUGCGUGGGUGCGUGGGUGUGUGUGUGCAUGGGUGUGUGUGUGUGUUGGUGUGAGUGCGUGUGUGUGUGGGUGUGUGUGUGCGUGGGUGUGUGUGUGUGUGUGUGUGUGUGUGUGUGUGUGGUUUCUCCAGGGGACAUCAUCAGGUACCAGUGCCUGCCAGGGUUCACCCUGGUGGGCUCGGAGAUCCUGACGUGCAGGCUGGGGGACAGGCUCCAGAUGGACGGCCCUCCGCCUCUUUGCCAAGGUUAGUAUCGGCUGCAUCUGCAAUGGCACCCUAUUCCCUAUGUAGUGCACUGCUUUAGACCAGAGAAUGGCACCCUAUUCCCUAUGUAGUGCACUACUUUAGACCAGGGGUCAUAGAUGGACCAGGUAAUUUAGUGUUGGCAGAUCUAGAUGACUUCUAAACCGAAGGCAUCACCCAGAAUUCAAACAUUCCUCUUAUAACCGUUUGGCUCUGCUGAAGAGUAGUGCACUAUAUAGUGAACAGGGUGCCAUUGUGAUUCCGUCCAUCUCCUGGGCUGUAGCACAGAGAGUUGACAUAAUGGGAAACAUAGAGUCAGCUGCCACGGCUGUAGCGUUGCUUUGCCUCUUACUUCACCUCAUUCUUCUGUUUGUUGAUAUCUGCUGGACACAUUUCUAUAUACAGUUGGAAAUGUUGAGCUCUCUGCUGACACAAUCUAUCUCUGUUCAAGCUGUUUUAACGUGUCGUAUUUCCACUUUCUGUUCUUCAAAUGUUCUGCUGUCCUUUUUUGCCUGAAUAUUUCACAUUUGUUGGCAACGUUAACCUUUUUAUUGUGUCGUAGUACCUUCUCUCUAAAAAGGCCUGAAGAAAGUUAGCUGCUGUCAGAAUAACAAUAUGUUAGAAAGUUUAGUAAUUAUCUCAGACAUGCCACCCUCCAGUGCAGAGAAAUGUGCUGAUAUAUAAGCAUCUCUCUUCCAUUGGGGAUUAUUAUUAUGCUACCAAGGGACAAAGCUAACACAGUGAACCAGUACUCUGUACCCUGAGGCCCUGUACCUGUCUCAGACUAAAUGGAAUUGUUUCAUUGCACAUUAUUAUUUCACUGUAAUUUCCACAGUCACAGUCACAGCCACAGCCACAGUCAGUUACAGCCACAGUCACAGCCACAGUCACAGUAACAGCCACAGUCACAGCCACAGUCACAGCCAGUCACAGCCACGGUCACAGCCACAGCCACAGCCACAGCCACAGCCACAGUCAGUCACAGUCAAAGCCACGGUCAAAGUCACAGUCACAGCCACAGCCAGUCAUAGCCACAGUCACAGCCACAGCCACAGCCACAGUCACAGUCACAGUCACAGUCAGUCACAGCCACGGUCACAGCCACAGUCACAGCCACAGUCUCAGCCACAGCCAUGGCACGGCCACAAUCACAGCCACAGUCACAGUCACAGUCACAGCCAAAUUCAGUCACAGCCACGGUCACAGCCACAGCCACAGUCACAGCCACAGUCACAGUCAGAGCCACAGUCACAGUUAGUCACAGCCACAGCCACAGUAUGUCACAGCCAAACCACAGUCACAGCCACAGUCACAGCCACAGUCACAGCCACAGUCACAGCCACAGCCACAGUCAGUCACAGCCACAGUCAAAGCCACAGCCUCAGUCACAGCCACAGUCGGUCACAGCCACAGUUACAGCCACAGCCACAGUCACAGCCACGGUCAAAGUCACAGUCACAGCCACAGCCAGUCACAGCCACAGCCACAGUCACAGCCACAACCACAGUCACAGACACAGUCACAGCCAUAGUCACAGCCACAGUCAGUCACAGCCACGGUCACAGCCACAGUCACAGCCACAGUCACAGCCACAGCCACAGUCACAGUCUCAGCUACAGCCAUGGCACGGCCACAAUCACAGUCACAGCCACAGUCACAGUCACAGCCAGAGUCAGUCACAGCCACGGUCACAGCCACAGUCACAGCCACAGUCACAGUCACAGUCACAGCCACAACCACAGUCACAGCCAGAGUCAGUCACAGUCACAGCCACGGUCACAGCCACAGUCACGGCCACAGCCACAUUCACAGUCACAGUCAGUGGAACGACUCCUUUCUUUAACUCUUUCCGCUUUCUUCCCUCCACUUCCUGUUUUACCUCUGUCCUCUCUGUCCUUUCUCCUCAAAAUUCCCUCUUCAUCCUCUUCAUCCUCUUCAUCCUCUUCAUCCUCUCUUUCCUCUCUUUCCUCUCUUUCUCCUUUCUUUCCGCUCCUUUUUUCCAUCUCUUUCCACCCUCCACUCCACAGUACAAUGUCCUGCCAACGAGGUCCGUUUCGACUCGACGGGGGUGAUCCUGAGUCCAGGCUACCCAGACAGCUACCCCAACCUCCAGACGUGUUCCUGGCUCAUCAACGUAGAGAAGGGCUACAACAUCACCCUCCACUUCCAACUCUUCCAGACAGAGAAGGAGUUUGACAUCCUGGAGAUAUUUGAC